AAGAUAUCCUUCCGAAACGAACAGGAUAAUUAUUGCUGUUUAAGGCUUAAUAAAACCAUUUUAAAUGACUGUUCUUAGCUGACCUAUUUCUAAUAUUAACUUUAUCAUGGCUUUAUUAGGUGCUCAGUUGGUGAUAACACUAGUGAUGGUCAGCAUCAUACAGAAGAUAGGAAAGCAUUAUUCUCUUGCAAGAGGAUUAAUAUGUUCAACAGGGCUUAUCCGUUAUCUUUAUCCAACUGAUGAUGAACUGAGGAGCUUAGCUGGUGUGAUUAAAGAAAAGCAGAAAGGGAAAAAAGAUCGAAAGUACCAUGAAAAUGGUGUUUCAGCCAAUUCAACAUUCCAUGUGCCUAGAAAUUUAGAUUUUCAGUUGGAAAGUGCGAAAGUAUCAUUUCUUGAUGUUGUACAUUUAAGGUACUAUACAGAAUAUCAGUGGCUACUUGAUUUUUCGUUUUAUUCAUUUUUGGUUUAUCUUGUAUCAGAGAUUUAUACAUAUUUUUUCCCACUUGUUGAUGAAUUUAAUUUGAGCAUGUUAUGGUGCUUUUUGGUUAUUUUAUCAUCUAUGAAGAUGCUCCUUUAUUUGACUUUGGAAUAUUUCAAAGCUGAUGAAUCGAUUGGUGAAAGAUCGACGGUUAUUGUGACUUUUUUCAGCUAUCUUAUUGUAGCAAUGGCCAUUCUGCUUGUAGAUGAAAAAACUCUCGAAUCCGGUUUGGAGACGGCUUACAACAGUUUCAAUGCUAGCGCUCACACGUUUUUAGAAAAAAAUGGACUUAAUUCAGAAGGACCUGCUUCAAAACUAUUUUUGAAAUUUAUUGUAGCUGUAUGGUGUGCACUCAUUGGCUCAUUUUUUACUUUUCCUGGAUUGAGACUUGCAAGAAUGCAUUGGGAUUCCCUCAGGUAUUGUGAAAGUAGAAUAUUGUUAAAAAUAGCUCUGAACAUCUCUUUUGCAUCGCCAUUCGUAUUGGUGCUUCUGUGGGUCACACCACUUUCCAGGCAUUACCUUACAAAACGAAUAUUUUCUGGUUUUGAAGAACCUUUACUGAGUGAAGACGCAUUUGAGACUAUCAGACUGUGGCUAUUAGUCGUUACAUCAUUAUUAAGAAUAAUUUUGAUCCCUCAGUACCUUCAAGCUUACUUAAACAUAGCUUAUAUGAGAGUAGCUGAAAUGAAGAAAGAAGCUGGGAGGAUUACAAACAAAGAGCUACAGAAAAAGAUAGCUGCUGUUUUCUAUUACAUGUGUGUUGUCGCCUUGCAGUAUCUAAUUCCUGUUUUUUUAUGCCUGUUUUAUGCAUUCAUGUACAAAACAUUGGGAGAAUUCAGCUGGAUAGGAAAACCUGAUACCGAAUGCAUGGCUCCUGAUCAUACUGAACCAUUAAACAUGGGAGAUUCAGUAUUGGCUUCUGCGCAGGAGUUCAGUUUGGCUUUGAAUUCCCUUAAGCAGGUAAUGACCAAAGAUGUAGCCCGAGGAUUGUUCGGAUUCGCUACCUGGUGGACUUGCUUUGCCAUGUUUGCCUCCUCAUCUAUUGGCCUUUUGUACCAAACAUAUUUCAGAAAUGUUGCAUAAACAUAUAUUUGUUGAUUGGAUUGGAAAAGGUAUACUCCAUAUAAAGAUCUAAGAUGCCCUUAUAAAACAAACUGGAUACAAGGUACUUUUAGAAAGUAUCAGUAAAUAUCCACCAUCAGUAAUAACUUUUUUAAAUUAUUAUUAUUGAUAUUUAUUUAUUUUGGAAACAAUACUUUUAUCUCAUUAACAAUUUUAUAAUUAUUUGAUCAUUGUUCUUAAAUGUUAAUGAGUUAACAUCACGAAAUUAUAUUUACCAAAGAUAACUCUCCAUUGGUUUGAGAGUUACUAUUCCUAUUAGAGUGAAUAGCCUGUAGUUUGCAAAAAGUAGUGUUAAGAAAUAGUUUUCUAUCAAAAAUUGUUUUUAUGAUUUAAAUAUUUACAUAUAUUAAAAGCACUUUGUAAAUAUUUAAGAUACUAUCUACUGAUUAUUUUGGUGAUCAUGAUAAUCAAGAAUGAUGUUGAAAAUUGUAUAUUAUAAUGUUAAAAUUUUUAUGCAUUUUAAUAUAUUUUGUUUUUGUUUUACUUUU